AUGGGGGAACACAACCUGCAACGUGGAGCCCCAAAUCAGUCUCGGGAUGAGGGAACGAUAGCAUCAAAAGGGGUUGGGAAUCAGAGACACAGGAGCAAACAGAAUUUAGACUAUGUGCUGAGGACAGGUUUGGCUGGAGGAUUAGCAGGAUGUGCUGCCAAAACAGUCGUUGGACCCCUCGAUCGUGUCAAGAUCCUCUUCCAGGCUUCCAACCCUCAAUUUGCUAAAUACACCGGUUCUUGGUUCGGCGUCGUGACUGCCAUGCGCGACAUCAAUCGUCAGGAUGGUCUACGCGGUCUUUUCCGAGGCCACUCGGCAACCCUCCUCCGCAUCUUUCCCUAUGCCGCGAUCAAAUUCCUUGCUUACGAGCAGAUACGAUCUCUCGUGAUAACCUCGCCAGCGCAAGAGACGCCCUUACGUCGGCUUCUUUCAGGCUCCCUUGCAGGCGUCACCUCGGUCUUGUUUACCUAUCCACUGGAAGUCAUCCGUGUCCGCCUGGCCUUUGAAACAAGGAAAGAUUCCCGUUCCUCUCUCUCUAGCAUAUGUCGUCAUAUUUACAACGAACAUCCACCCAUCGUUGCACGGUCAUCAAUAUCCACUGCGCCCGUGUCCGUCGCCGCAGUUGCCGCCUCGACUCCCAGCAGCGGCGUAAUAAAUUUCUAUCGAGGCUUCACGCCAACGCUGGCAGGCAUGCUUCCUUACGCUGGCAUGUCGUUUCUGACCCACGAUACUGCUACGGACUGGUUGCGCCUCCCAGCCCUUGCCCCCUACACCACAACGUCACCCCCAGCAUCCAGAGAUGCGACCGCUCCGCUUGUCUUGAAAUAUUGGGCAGAACUUCUUGCUGGUGGGUUCGCUGGGUUGGUUUCGCAAACCGCUUCAUAUCCACUUGAAGUGGUUAGAAGGAGGAUGCAGGUUGGAGGAGCAGUAGGGGAUGGACAUCGAUUGGGCAUGGCGGAGACUGGAGUAAAAGUAUGGAAAGAAGCAGGGUUCAAGGGCUUCUGGGUGGGACUGACGAUUGGAUAUGUCAAGGUUGUGCCGAUGGUCGCUCUCUCCUCGCCCAUUCUGAAGAUUGACGACGGGAACCUCCCAGCCUCUCUGAGGGUCAUGCAUCCCUACAUCGCGGCCCCGGCGACUCUGGGCCUGGUUUACCGCGCGUAUUCUAAGAAAUCUCUGACACCCUUCGGCAUCGUUGUUGCAGCGUUGACGGCAGUUGUCCAUGCCAUACAUCCUUGGAGCAUCUUUUUCGCGCUGCUCGUUGUGUUCUUCCUAGCUGGUACUGCUGCCACCAAGGUCAAACAUGACGUGAAAGCCCGGUUGACCCUAUCGUCAACAGGGGCUUCGGCAGGAGAAGGAGCGCGAACUCAUAUUCAGGUUCUGGCGAACUCGGUAGUGGCUUCUAUUUUGAUACUGCUUCACUAUCGGCAGCUGCAGACAAGGGGGAAACACAAUGCAUCUGGCGGCGAGUGCUGGGCUUACGGCAGCGAUUUGCUGGUUGUUGGGAUAGUGAGCAACUAUGCUGCCGUCGCAGCAGAUACAUUCUCCUCGGAAUUGGGCAUCCUCUCGAAAAGCAAGCCCAGACUCCUCACAUCUUGGAACUUUCGCCAGGUACCACCAGGCACCAAUGGUGGUGUCACGCUCGCGGGGACACUAGCAGGUUUUGUCGGUGCCUUCAUAAUUGCUUUGACGUCCGUGAUCCUUAUACCUUUCUGCUCUGUUGAUACUACGAUCCGAGGAAAGUUCUUGGGCAAUAAACCUGGAUUCGAGGGUGGAGAUGGAUGGGGAUGGCAAGAGAAGAUCUUUUGGGUCAUUGCCGUCACAAUAUGGGGGGGCCUUGGAAGUUUUCUGGACAGUGCUCUCGGAGGUUGGUUCCAGGCUAGUGUGGUUGAUGGAAGGACGGGCAAGGUGAUUGAAGGCUCUGGCGGGAAGAAAGUGCUCGUGUCGGGUUCACGGACGCCAGCGAACAAGAAGAGCGACGAGCCAAGUCGCCGAGUCGAGAGUGGUCUUGGGCUUCUUGACAACAACGCGGUCAAUGUGCUCAUGGCUUUCCUCAUGAGCAUUGGCGGGAUGUUGAUCAGUAGUUACGUGUGGCAUGUAUCACUGCGAAGUAUAUCAAGCUAA